GAGCCGAUAAAUAAACCAGCUAAUAGGACAUGAGUGAGGCUCAGCAUGUGCUUUCGGAAGCAAAUCCAGCAGUGAAAAACGCGCUAGACGCCGGAUAUGAUACGACUUUUUUCCAAACCAACGAAAGUGCAAAAGAAUCUUCGGACACAUUGGCACAGAAAGUUAUCGAUGCAAAGGAAGGAGUUGGCGAAAAGGCUGAAGAAGCAAAAGAAUUUCUAAGCCAGAAACUACGGGAGAGCAUAAAUAUGUAAACUCUUUAUUAUUUUUAAAACCUGUG